AUGUCCCCAGCAAGCACCAGCACCCCCAAACAGCCGGCCAGGCGAUGGUCGUCCCCGUCUGCACAUAUCCUCGCCCCGGAACUCCCAACCAGCGCCAAUCCCACCAGGCAUUUAUAUUGGUUCCGCCGUCGAUACUGGCUCCGAUGCGCCUCGCGGGCGUGCCGUCUUUUGGUUCGCCCGGCCGCCCCACGCCUAAUACCUGACGAGGAUGCGCCCCAACAGCCCGCGGCAGCGCGCAGCCCGGCGCCGCAAGACGAGCGGCCGGAUGGCGUGUCCGCAUCGGGAAAGCAGUGGGCAUGCGCCACCUUCCUCCGUCCACUGCGGGGAGGAAGCGUGCUGGGCCAGCGAUAA